AUGGCGGAAUACGAUCUAACGACAAAGAUCGCGCAUUUUUUAGACCGGCACUUGGUGUUCCCCCUGUUGGAAUUUCUCUCUGUCAAGGAGAUCUACAAUGAAAAGGAACUCCUUCAAGGAAAGCUGGACCUCCUCAGCGACACGAACAUGGUGGAUUUCGCCAUGGAUGUGUAUAAAAACCUUUAUCCUGAUAAGGAGAUCCCACACUCAUUGAGGGAGAAGAGAACUACAGUUGUUGCUCAGCUAAAGCAGCUGCAGUCAGAGACUGAACCCAUAGUCAAGAUGUUUGAGGACCCAGAAACUACAAGACAGAUGCAAUCUACAAGAGAUGGAAGGAUGCUUUUUGACUACUUAGCAGAGAAACACAGUUUUCGGCAGGAGUAUCUGGACACUCUGUACCGGUACGCCAAGUUCCAGUAUGAGUGUGGGAACUAUUCUGGUGCUGCUGAAUAUCUGUACUUCUUCCGUGUGCUGGUGCCCUCCACAGACAGGAAUGCUCUAAGUUCAUUGUGGGGUAAACUGGCUUCUGAGAUCCUCAUGCAGAACUGGGAGGCUGCCAUGGAGGAUCUGACACGACUAAGGGAGACCAUUGAUAAUAACUCUGUGAGCUCCCCACUGCAGUCUCUGCAACAGAGGACGUGGCUCAUUCACUGGUCUCUGUUUGUGUUCUUCAAUCACCCCAAAGGCAGAGACAAUAUCAUCGAGCUUUUCCUCUACCAGCCACAGUACCUAAAUGCCAUUCAGACUAUGUGUCCGCACAUAUUGCGCUACCUUACCACUGCGGUCAUCACGAAUAAGGACGUGCGAAAGCGAAGGCAGGUUCUGAAGGACCUGGUUAAAGUCAUCCAGCAGGAAUCUUACACUUACAAGGAUCCCAUCACAGAGUUUGUGGAGUGCCUGUAUGUUAAUUUUGACUUUGACAGCGCUCAAAAGAAACUGAGGGAGUGCGAGUCGGUCCUGGUUAACGACUUCUUCCUGGUCGCCUGUCUGGAGGACUUCAUUGAAAACGCUCGCCUGUUCAUCUUUGAGACUUUCUGUCGCAUUCAUCAGUGCAUCAGCAUUAGCAUGUUGGCAGACAAGCUCAACAUGAGCCCAGAGGAGGCGGAGAGAUGGAUUGUCAAUCUCAUCCGGAAUGCCAGGCUGGAUGCGAAAAUCGACUCCAAAUUGGGUCACGUCGUGAUGGGAAACAAUGCCGUGUCACCGUACCAACAAGUCAUUGAGAAAACCAAGAGCCUGUCCUUCCGCAGUCAGAUGCUGGCCAUGAACAUUGAGAAGAGACUAAGCCACAGUAACAGGAACGAGACACCAAAUUGGGCAGCACAAGAUACAGGGUUUUAUUAGAUGAACAGGAGAAAAGAAUGGAAUGUUUGUGGAACUCACAGAGGCAUUUGGAUUUUCUUAGUAUUUAACUGAAUUUUAUAGACCUUUUACGUUAAGGCCCUUUUACAAAUGGGAUUAAGAAGUGUGAAAAUGAUACAGAAUUAAUUCAUGGCCAUAAUUACAAAGCCUGUGAAACGCUGUAAUUUUUCUGUUUUAUACCAUCAAGUUUAAGAGUUGUUCUGCAUAUCUUGACCAUGUAUUAAAAUAAACAUAGUACUACAG